AGCCCCUUGCCCGGAGCUCGCUUGCCUGCUUGGCCCCCUUCUUCCUCCCUGUGGUUCGCAGCGUCCUGGGGGACCGGCCCCAGAAAGGCGCCAUGGACAUCUUCGGGGACUUAAGGAAGAUGAACAAGCGCCAGCUGUAUUACCAGGUUUUAAAUUUUGCCAUGAUUGUAUCUUCUGCUCUUAUGAUAUGGAAAGGCUUGAUAGUUGUCACUGGGAGUGAAAGCCCUAUUGUGGUGGUUCUGAGUGGCAGUAUGGAACCAGCAUUUCAUAGAGGAGACCUUCUGUUCCUAACCAAUUUCCGGGAAGACCCUAUCAGAGCUGGCGAAAUAGUUGUUUUUAAAGUUGAAGGAAGAGAUAUUCCGAUAGUUCACAGAGUCAUCAAAGUUCAUGAAAAAGACAAUGGAAAUGUCAAAUUUUUGACUAAAGGAGAUAAUAAUGAAGUUGAUGAUAGAGGUUUGUACAAAGAAGGUCAAAAUUGGCUAGAAAAGAAGGAUGUUGUAGGAAGAGCAAGAGGGUUUUUGCCAUAUGUUGGAAUGGUUACCAUAAUCAUGAAUGAUUAUCCAAAAUUCAAGUAUGCUCUUUUGGCUGUAAUGGGUGCAUAUGUGUUAUUGAAACGUGAAUCCUAAAAUGAGAAGCAAUUCCUGGGACUGGACUGAAAUGGAUUCUAUUGAAAAAAUAAAAACUAAUAUAUUUGAAA